AUGGGGACACAAGCACACAUCCAAACAGUUAUGCGCACACCGUAUGCCUUAACAUAUGUAUCACAGCCCCAAAUGCGCAUAUCACCUUCAAUGGGCUGCGCUGCCUCUUUAGGAAAGGGUGUAACGCUGGGCCCCCCGGAACCCCCACCGGAGCACCCUAAUAAAGGACCUGGCGCGGUGAGGCGGCAGGCUCUGGAAGCAGGCAUCUCAGAAAAAAGGGGAAACCAACGCACAAGAGAAACGACAUUAGAAAUAGUCGAUGGCGGGGUGAUGUGCUUCGCGGGCUGCGUUCCUUAUGUGCAAUGGGGGGGGGGG